AUGCUCCUCGAUAAGGGCGCCAACGUCAACAGCAAGGUCGAAGGCCUUAGCAGUCUCUGCGUUGCUUCACAGUUUGGCUACGAAAAGGUGGUUCAGAUGCUCCUCGAUAAGGGCGCUAACGUCAACAUGCGGAGUAACUACCCUCUCUGGGUUGCUUCAAAAAGAGGUCACGAGAAGAUAGUUCAGAUGCUUCUCGAUAGGGGCGCCGACGUCAACCAGGGUGGAGAGAACUACAAUGCCCUUCAUCAAGCUUCACGAAACGGUCACGAGAAUAUAGUUCAGACACUCCUCAACAGGGGCGCCGACGUUAACGCUCCGGACGGUUACUUCGGUAAUAUUCUCCAGGCUACUUCAUACAACGGUUCCGAGAAGAUAGUCCAGAUACUCCUCGACAAGGGCGCCAACGUCAACGCUCAAGGAGGUUGCUUCGGUAAUGCUCUCCAGGCUGCUUCAUACGAAGGUUCUGAGAAGAUAGUCCAGAUGCUUCUCGACAAGGGCGCCAACGUCAACGCUCAGGGCGGAAGGUACGGCAAUAGUCUCCAGGCUGCUUCAAUCAACGGUUCCGAGAAGAUAGUCCAGAUGCUUCUCGACAAGGGCGCCGACGUCAACGCUCAGGGAGGUUACUUCGGUAAUAGUCUCCAGGCUGCUUCAUGGUUCAGUCGCAAUAAGGUGGUUCAGAUACUCCUCGACAAGGGCGCCAACGUCAACGCUCAGGGAGGUUGCUUCGGUAAUGCUCUCCAGGCUGCUUCAUACGAAGGUUCUGAGAAGAUAGUCCAGAUGCUCCUCGACAAGGGCGCCGACGUCAACGCUCGGGGCGGAGCUUACGACAAUGCUCUCAAUGCUGCCUCGUCCGUGAAACACGAGAAGGUGGUUCAGAUACUACUUCAGAAUGGGGCUGAUCCUUCGGCUGAGAAAGCCGCGAAGCGUUCCGCAUCCCAGGCUGAAAUCGGAAGCGGUAAUGAGGACGUGGUAGCUAAGAAGCCGAAAGCUGCUGAUGCUGGGUCGCCGAGCACGCACGUAGGAGCGGAAGAGGAGUCGGAAAAUGCCUGGAAGGACGAUGAGAAUGAAAAUAGUUUUUGGGAAUCGUUCCCUUUGUGGUAG